AUGUUGAGGCGAUACCCGAUCUCACUGAGGUCUCUGGACCAGCAGAAAGGUGUUUUCGUUCUAGCCGUCCUCAUCGUCAUCGUCCUCAUGAACACGCUUCUCCCGCUCCGGUUCGGAUUGAACGCUCGCGAUAAGCGGCUGCACAGCGAAGACCGGCCGCGAUACCUUCAUCACUCAACAUUUCGAGCAGAAUCUGACUAUCGCUACGAGACCAAGCUGUCGAAAGUGCUGCGCGAACUGGAGAUAGAGGGCCAGGUGGCGUUAGUCCCUCGAGAGUCAUAUUUGCCGAUGGUUAUAGACCUGCCUGUUGGGGAGGGCCAGCAAAGGCAAAUCGAAAUUGAAAAUCAGAAGACAAGUAAGACAAUAGCACACUAA